AUGAAGGACGAGAUCUUCGGGCCAGUGCUGUCCGUGCUGGAGGUUGACACCUUGGACGAAGCCAUCGCCAUCGAGAACGCCAACCCCUAUGGCAACGCGGCCGCCAUCUACACCAUGUCGGGGCAGACCGCCCUUGAGACGGAGAAGCUUGCUGCUGGCAUGAUUGGCGUCAACAUCGGUGUGCCUGUUCCGAGGGAGCCGUUCAGUUUCGGCGGCAUCUUGAACUCCAAGUUUGGGGACAGCUCCGACAUCACCGGAGAGGGCGGCUUAAACUUCUGGACGCAGAAGAUCCUUCGCGUGCCCGUAGUUUGGAGUUCGGUUGUCAUGCUUGGAGCUUUUGGCUCCGUCUACUCACUUUUGCUGACACCCGAGAGCUUCCUCAGAUUUACCGGACUCUUCCGGACAGUUUCACCAUUGCGGUGCCCACCCAGCUCAGUGCUGGAGCAUCAGACUCAGGCGCGCGACGUGGAGAUUAAGGAAGCUUGUCCGGCCUCCUCCAGUCAGGUGCGCAGGAGCCACGUCGCGUCUGCCCAUUUCUACGACAGCCUGAGCCACGACCUCAACAGCAGCAUCUACCGCUGGCAGCCUGCGAGCGCUGGCUUCGAGCUUCACCAGGCUCUUCCGACGAGCGGGGCCUGGGCAAUUACAUCCUUUGAGCUCUCCGGGGACGUCUUUCUCGCUGUUGCGAGUUUCUUCGACGGCACCAGCCGCAAGUUGAACAGCCGCCUCUAUCGCUGGGAUGUUGUUGCAGACAUGUUCGUUUGGCAUCAGGAUCUGGCCACAGAAGGUGCGAAGGACGUCGAGUUCCUGGCUCUGUCGACCUCCCUCGGGGUGCUGGCCUUUGCUGGGCAUGGCGUGGACGACUCUGUGGGAGAGUGCCGCUUGUUCAUUUGGGAACCGGCCAGUCGGCGCUUCGAACUGCUUCAGGUGCUUGCGACCUCUGGGGCUUAUGAUGUGGAAGCUUUCACACCCGCCUCUGGCGAGAAGGGCCUGCUGGUUGUCCACGAGGACGACACAGAUGUUUACAUGGCUGACUGGCAGGGGGACACCUUGAAAGGCUUUGCAAAGAUUCAGAGCCUCGGAUUUUCACAUGGCCGGGAUGCCGAGCACGUGGUGUGGCGAGAACGGGAUUUCGUCGUGCUGUGCAUCUUCCGCGACGAGACAUCCUAUGAGGUGGAUUCGCGCAUUUUCGAGUGGGGCUCUCGCGCCCUGUCAGAGGUCCAGCGUUUCCCCUCUGUCGGUGCCUUUGACGCAGAGAUGCUCCACCUGGGCUUGGCUCCGGUGCUUCUGGUGGCCAACCAGCGAUCCGGCACGUCCUUAGUCUACGAGCUCGGAGAGACGGAUACCUGCCCCAAGUUGGUCUGCCAGCGCGGCGACCUUGCCACGCCCAAGGUGUACAACGUGGCUGCGCACUUUGUCCCCGAGGCCCAGAUGAGCUUCCUGGCCAUUGCCAACUACUGGGAUUGA